AAUUUAUUCAUCGUUGAACGGUAAGCCUCUAAUAAUUCCCUUGUGCUUAUAACAUGAAGUUUGUAGAACGCAGCCUGACGUCACGCGCGUCGUCCCCGGAAACAGGAAGUAGUUUUUCAUCAACGCUUUACGUGGAGGGCUGAUCAAACUUUCUCGCGGUGAAGUUUGGUUUCUAAUAGAAUAUUCGCUGCAUAUUCGAGUUUCUCUUUUAUAUAUUUUAAAUGACUUCCAGAAUACAGAGGAUUUCUGACCGAUGAAUUUAGCACGAGCCAUUCCAGGGCUUUUAUUCUGUAUCUUUUUCGUGGGAUCCUGUUUCACAAAUAAGUAUGUACUUUCUGUCCUGAAGUUUACAUAUCCCACUCUUUUCCAGGGGUGGCAAACCUGCACUGGAGCUCUUCUGCUUUGGGUGACUGGGAAACUGGGAUGGGUGGAAAUAAAAGGUUUCCCCAGAUCUGCAGCAGUGUCCUGGCUUCCAGGAUCAGUCCUUUUUUUGGGGAACAUAUAUGGUGGAUCCAGAGCCUUGUCCAUCCUGCCUAUCCCAUUCUUUUUUGUAUUGCAAAAUGUGUCAGAAGUGGUCUUCUCUCUUCUUGUUAGAUUCACACAAAAAGAGAGGUCAUCAUGGAUGAAGACAUUCAGUGAAAACCUGAUGCUGAUGUCAGCUAUUACUCUUGCACUUCAAAAUCGUCAGUUUGGGCUAAAUGGUUAUGUAUGGGCUGUCAUCCACUUUUGCUGUGUUGGGUUAUAUAAAGUGUUCCAGAGGAAUUCAAAGUCUAGCCAUCUGAGCGAUCUUGAACAACAGUUAAUCAACUACGUGGUCAGCAUCUUGCUGUUGGCUACUGCAGCACAUCCAACAGGUGAUCUUUUUGGUGCUCUGGAUUUUCCCUUCCGUAGGUCCUAUAAAUUCUAUAGUGGUUGUUUUGCCAGCGCUAUACUUGGCUUUUUUCUGGCGCUAGCAUCAGUAAAGUUGAAGAGUGGACUUUCUUUGGUGCACUGUGCGGUCUGGCUGUUCCUGGCCAAGAUACUGGCUUCUGGUCUGUCCAUUUUCAUAUUCAGCACAGAAAUCGGACCAGUAACAUUAUGCUGCAUCCUUACAAACCAUGUUGGUGAGGCGCUAUCAAUUCACGCUAACAGACUUCUGGAGAGCUGAAAACAAAUUUCAUUACAUAAUUACAUAAUGAUACUUCGCCUUGACUUAUCUUUCUUUUCUUUAUAAUAUUAUACAAUAUAACAGCUGACAAUCAUGACAGUUUAAAGGAGCAUGGAGCAUUUAAUAUCAAAGAAUGUAAUUUCCAGAUGUUUGUGUUUGCAUAUUUACAUAUCUGUGAUCACAGGAAAUUUUAUUUUGUACUGUAAUAGGCAUUGCUGAUGGCAUGGUCUACACAGGCAAUAUGCUGUGUCUAAAUAUGGAUUAAAAACAGUAUCUAUCCUUAGUAGGUAUAUAUAUUUUGUAUUAACAACUGGAUGAUGAAUACAGAAAUAGAUUCUGGGGUUAGUAAACUUCAUUUUCAAAUUAGGAAACUUUGAGUUACUUUGGAUUCAGCUUAAAACUGUAACUAUAAACUAGCCAUCUUGGUAACUAGUAUAUUAUUAGUUAGCAUUUCAUCAUUACAUAGCAUUGCUGUAUGCUUUCGCCACUUUCAGCAAUUCCUAUUUGCCGCUAUACAUUUUAUAUUCUCAGCUAUGCUCAGUAUUAUAUUACAUAAGUGUAUUGUUCAUGGCACUUUGAUUUUAAUUUUGUGUUUGUGUACAUUAUGAGUGCUCAAAAACAUAUGUAGUACUGUUUUGUCUAGGGAAAUUAUAUAAAUGAUUUCCAUCAUCUCAUAAUGCUUGGUUAAUACUGUUUUUCCUUGCUUUUAAAAAUGGAACUGAAAUAAAAAAUUUUAAAAAACU